UCCGGGAGGAGGAGGAGUAGGAGGAUUGGGGGGGGGGAGAGAAAGGGCGAACGAGCACAUCACCGCCGACCGUCCGUCCCUCGGAUCCCAGCCGACUUUGGAGAAUGUCGAGGAAGCUUCACAGGACGGAGGUCUGCGCCGACUGCAGCGCGCCAGACCCGGGAUGGACCAGCAUCAACCGAGGGGUCCUGAUCUGUGACGAGUGCUGCUCAGUCCACCGCAGCUUGGGCCGCCACAUCUCCAUAGUCAAGCACCUGAGGCACAGCGGAUGGCCUCCCGCGCUGCUGCAGAUGGUUCAGACCCUGGCCAGCAACGGGGCCAACUCCAUAUGGGAACACAGUCUCCUGGACCCUGCUCAGGUACAGAGCGGUCGAAGGAAACCCAACCCCCAGGACAAAGUCCAUCCCACCAAGUCCGAGUUCAUCAGAGCCAAAUACCAGAUGCUGGCCUUUGUGCACAAGCUGCCCUGCCGCGACGAUGAUGGCGUCACCACCAAGGACCUCAGUAAGCAACUACACUCGAGUGUGCGGACGGGGAGUUUGGAGACGUGUCUUCGGCUCCUGUCCCUCGGCGCUCAGGCCAACUUCUUCCACCCGGAGAAGGGCACCACGCCGCUCCACGUGGCCGCCAAGGCGGGGCAGAUCCUGCAGGCCGAGCUGCUGGUGGUGUACGGCGCCGACCCCGGAGCGCCCGACAUCAACGGACGCACCCCGAUGGACUACGCGAGGCAGGCCGGCCACGUGGAGCUAGCGGAGCGGCUGGUCGAGUGUCAGUACGAGCUCACGGACAGGCUCGCCUUCUACCUUUGUGGGCGGCGUCCAGAUCACAAGAAUGGCCAUUAUAUCAUUCCUCAAAUGGCGGACAGAGCUCGUCCUAAGUGCCCAACACAGAGUCUGGACCUCUCAGAGCUGGCCAAGGCGGCCAAGAAGAAGCUCCAAGCGCUCAACAACCGGCUGUUUGAGGAGCUCGCGAUGGACGUCUACGACGAGGUGGACCGCAGAGAAAACGAUGCAGUGUGGCUCACGACCCAGAACCACAGCACGCUGGUGACGGAGCGCAGCGCGGUGCCUUUCCUUCCAGUCAACCCCGAGUACUCUGCCACGCGCAACCAGGGCCGCCAGAAGCUGGCUCGCUUCAACGCCCGGGAGUUCGACACGCUCAUCAUCGACAUCCUGAGCGACGCCAAAAGGAGGCAGCAGGGGAAAGGGACUCAGCAGCCCUAUUGCAGCCGCUGCUAUCAGUCUGAGCCUGAAAAUGAGUUUGCUCCUUCAGACACUCUGGAUCUGGGCAUCGAUGACGACCAGCACGACUACGACAGCGUAGCGUCCGACGAAGACACCGACAGCGAGCUGACCGCCCAGAACAACAACAACACGCAACGCAGCAACCGGGCAAAGAGUAUGGACUCGUCGGACCUGUCGGACGGCCCCAUCACCCUGCAGGAGUACCUGGAGGUGAAGAAGGCUCUGGCCUCCUCCGAAGCCAAGGUGCAGCAGCUGAUGAAGGUCAACAACAACCUGAGCGAGGAGCUCCGGCGGCUCCAGAAGGAGAUCACGCGGAUGCAGACAGAGAACAGUGCGCUGCGGGGGGGCCAGCAGGCUGGGGGGCCAGCUGGCCAUGGGGUAGGGGGACCCGGCGGCGGAGGAGGGGGCGGCGGCCACUGGCAUGGGGGCGGGAUGAGGGGAGGAGUAGGCGCAGGGGGCAUGGGUGGGUUCGGGACAGGAGCGGACCCCCCAGGGCUGUCGGUGCCCUCCUCUGCCGUCCCCAACUCCCACCCCCACCGGAGGGACCGCCAGGCCUUCUCCAUGUACGAGCCGGGUGCGGCCCCCGGCCCCACGGCCCAUGGUCUCCCAGUCCUGGACUCCCUGGCAGCCCGCCUGCAGCCCCUCAACACACCCAGCGUAAGUUACGGCUCCCUCGCCUUGUUGGCUUCCAGCGCCUCGCGGCUGCAGGUGGAGUGCCGCAAGGCGGCGCCCUCGGAGCCCGGGGCCCCCGCGGUGGACUACCAGCUCCUCACCCAGCAGGUCAUCCAGUGCGCUUAGGACAUGCCCAAGGCCGCCAAGCAACUGGUCACCAUCACCACCCGAGAGAAGAAACAGUGACCCGGCCCCGGCGUGGAUGCAGGGGGGGGGGGGGAAGAGGAGGAGGGAACGUAUGGAUGCACGCGGUGGGGCCGGGAGGAAUGGGAGGGGCUUCUGCAGCAGGUGCAGGAGUGUGAACGCCAGGUCACACUCUAGAUGUGGGGAGAGGGGAGGGAGUUGGGAGAGUGCCGGGUGUGCAGUGAGGAAAGAAGAAGUUUGGAAUAUGCACAGAAAAGGGUCGGUUGAUCCAUCGUCUGGUGGUCACACUAACAGAGGACCGGAAAGGGAGAAAUCACCCAACUGGGGAAGAGAAAGGUGGCAUAAACGACGGAGAUCCGCCGUCCCGAGUCACGUGUGAAUAAUAAAGCGCCACCGACUGUGAUGAGCAUACGUGAAACCCGCCGACGGAGAUGUACAGAGAAACCAGAGACGUCAGCGCUUUAUUUAUUCCCACCUGUCAGUCGUCGGCCCGCCCCCUCCCUGUUUACCUGAGCUAGAGAGAGAGGGCGGGUGCGCCGCGAGAGAGGGAGGUAAAUAUCGCCAUGACAUACCCCCAAUCAUCUCCACCCCCCCAUCGUCGGUGGUACCCAGCAUGACGCGGCAUGUUUUCUCUCCUCUUUUGCUCUGUUUCGACCGGUCGGGUCUGCGCCUCCCGACUGACUCGCACCAACAAAACUUACACUGGAUUUACUUACAUUUUCUUAUCCUUGUUGUUUAUAAUGCAUCAUGUUUUUGUUUUUAUCGAUAUUUUUACUGUCAUCUUGAUUUAACUGUUUAUUUUAUCGUCUCAAAUGGGAUUUAAAGAAACACGCACAGACA